AGUCGCCUCGUUACCUUCAACCAUUACUCACCCAUCCGCAUCCGGCGACAUCAUCAAAAGCUCACCCAACCGGACUCCCAUCACCAUCUCACUCCAACUCAGUCGACUCUUUCGAUUCAUCACAUUGCCGACAUGCCUGGCAAAACGCCUAACGGUAAAGAGCCCGUCGAGAACGGCAUCAGAAACAACCAGGAUGUCGACAUGACGGACGAGAAGUCAUCGCUGAAGGGCAAGGGCAAGAAGGGCGUCAAGGAGGGCGAGGAUAUGACCGUCGUCGUGCCCCCGUCGAAAACCACAAAGCAAUCGUCGGCACCACCGCCCGCUGAUACUGAUGGAGACGUAGAUAUGGAUGAUUCCGAUAAGGUCGAGGAUGUCGAAGUCAAGGUUGACCCCGUCACUCAGGCCAUCUCAGACGUCAAGAGCAAUUUCGCCCUCCUCGACCGUGCCGUAGCUCUGUUCGACGCCAGAUUUUCGCUGCGGGCCCUUCGAUCAAUCUCAUCUCUCCGCAAACGCCUCACCCCAGACAUCCUCUCGCAGGCUAUCGCCGAGUCAUACCCUGCUACGACGUCGUCCGCAAAUGUCGCUAGACAUUUGUUGGCUGCCAUUGGACGGGAAGAUGUGACGCUAGGCCAACAAUCUAGUGCAGAGAUGGAGGUGGACAGCGAGCCCAAAGUACCGGCCAAGAAUGGAAACAAGAAGGAGAAGGAGGUCAAGGAGAUAAUUCCCGAGAUUGACAUUUUCCUGGGUAUCCUGAUCCAAGUUCACCUGUUUGAUUCCAAACAAUACCAAAAAGGUGCCAACUUCUCAAAAUACCUCUCGGACCGUAUCCAUGCUCUCAACCGGCGAACACUGGAUCCCCUCUCUGCCAAGGUUUACUUCUACUACUCGUUGUUCUGUGAGCAGCUCGCUCCGCUUCCGCCGUCUCCGCAGUCCCCCAUCGUCGCUAUCCGACCGACAUUACUCGCCGCGCUCCGGACUGCCGUCCUGCGCAAGGAUAUCGAUACGCAGGCCUCGGUGAUUGUCCUGCUUCUGCGGAGUUACCUGCUCACCUCGCACAUCUCCCAAGCCGAUCUUCUCGUAUCCCACACGCAAUUCCCUGAGAAUGCUGCAAACAACCAAGUCGCACGCUUUCUGUACUACCUUGGUCGCAUUCGGGCGAUUCAGCUGCGUUAUACCGAGGCACACGAGCACCUGACGGCUGCCACUCGUAAGGCACCCGCAAGUUCAUGUGCCCUUGGUUUUGCGCAGACCGCCACCAAGGUUCUGCUGGUGGUCGAGCUGCUCAUGGGCGACAUCCCCGAGCGGGCUACCUUCCGUGCCGCCACCAUGGAGCAAGCACUACACCCAUACUUCCUACUCGUGCAAGCGGUCCGAGUCGGUAACUUGGAGGACUUCGAGACGACACUGGCCGAACACGUCGACACUUUCAAGCGCGACGGCACGUACACCCUGAUCCUACGCCUUCGACAAAACGUCAUUAAGACCGGUAUCCGAAUGAUGAGCUUGAGCUACAGCAGGAUCUCCCUCCGAGAUAUCUGCAUCCGUCUGCACCUUGGUAGCGAGGAGAGUGCUGAGUACAUUGUGGCCAAGGCUAUUCGGGAUGGCGUCAUUGAGGCCACUCUCGAUCGCGAAAAGGGCUUUAUGAAGAGCAAGGAGGUUGGCGACGUCUACGCUACCCGUGAGCCAGGCGAGGCAUUCCACGACCGCAUCCGAGCCUGCCUCGCGCUGCAUGAUGAGAGCGUCAAGGUAUGUGAUUCUACAUUUAUGCCUGGCUUCUUUGAUUGCAUAACUAACUUGUCGUUUCCGCAGGCCAUGCGUUUCCCCAUGAACCAACACCGUCUAGAGCUCAAGAAUGCCCAGGAAGCACGCGAGCGAGAGCGUGAGAUGGCCAAGGAGAUACAAGAGGGUGACCUGGACGACGACGACCUGGGUGGAGACUUCGAGGGCAUGUAAACUACCGAGCCGGGCUUUGUACUUGUGGGAAUAACGGAGUGGCCUCUAAUCAGCGUUGCAUUUCCGUCCGGACGCCUGCAAGGGCC